AGAACCACCAAAACCCACCAACCACCGAAUCAAACCUCCGAAACCCGAAAAUGCAAGUCAAAAUCCACGACACGACCGUCGUCGUUCCCUCCAAACCCCCAUUCGCCGACGACCACCUCCUCCCGCUCAACCACCUCGACAACGACCCCAACCUCCGCGUCACCUUCCGUUACGUCCGCGCUUACGUCACCACCACCAACUCCUCCGACCCUUUCCACGUCAUCUCCGCCGCACUCUCCGCCGCUCUCGUCCACUACUACCCUCUCGCCGCCAAUAUCGGCCGCCGUCGCGACAACCGCUUCGAGCUCUUCUGCUCCAACGGCCAGGGCGUCCCGCUCAUACGCGCCUCCGUCGAGUCCACCCUCGAUUGGGUGAGUCAACUCAAUGACGCGGACAGCCAGUUUCUCGAGCAGUUGGUACCGGACCCGGAUCCGAAUGAGGCCAUGGUAAACCCGUGCGUGUUGCAAGUCACGGUGUUCAAGUGCGGUGGUUACACCCUCGGAGCCGCCAUAAGCCACUCUCUGUGCGACGGAAUGGGCGCCACUCAGUUCUUCAACGCCAUGGCUGAGCUGGCUCGCGGGUCGGGCGAGAUUUCGGUGCAGCCAAUCUGGGACAGAUCGGGUCUGCUCCGACCCAGAGAUCCGCCCCGAGUCGAGACGCCGGUGCUGCACGAGUUUCUGAAAUUAGAUCGGAAGUUCUCACCGUAUGAACAUGGAAAGCAAUUGGGUCCUGUUGUGAGGGAAUGCUUUGAAGUUAAGGAUGAGUGUAUUGAGAGAUUCAAGACUGAGCUAUUGGAGCAAUCCGGGUUGAGCUUCACCACUUUCGAAGCUUUGGGUGCUUAUAUAUGGCGGGCCAAGGUCAAAUCAUCGGGAAUUGCCAUGGGCGAAACGGUGACGUUUGCCUAUGCACUCAAUGUUCGGAAGCUAGUAAACCCUCCGUUGCCAAUAGGGUAUUGGGGAAAUGGUUGCAUUGCAAUGUACGUGAAGCUGAGCGCCGAGGAGUUGAUUGGAAAGCCAAUGUGGGAAGUUGCGGAUUCGAUAAAGCAGAGCAAAAGCAAUGCCACGGAUGAGUAUGUGCGGUCAUUCAUUGAUUUUCAGGAGCUGCAUUACGAUGAGGGAAUCACGGCCGGAAAAGAAGUGAGUGGGUUCACGGAUUGGAGGCACUUGCGGCACUCGACGGUUGAUUUUGGGUGGGGAGGUCCUGUGACUGUUUUGCCCCUUUCGAGGAACUUGCUUGGGAGUGUUGAGCCUUGUUUUUUCUUGCCUUGUUCUGGAAGCAAGGGAAAGAAAGAUGGGUUCAAAAUUAUGUUGAAUCUGAGAGAGAGUGCUAUGGCUGCUUUUAGAAAGGAGAUGGAGAAGUUUAGUAGCCAAGAAUUUGGGUUGUCAUUGUUGUAACUAAGAAAUAGGCCUCUCCAUUCUUUUAUCUUAUCAUAUUGUAAGCUCAAUUUCGGUUUCAAUAGCUUGUUUCUUUUCGUUAGAUUUGUAGGGAGGUUUGGUUUGGUCCCCCUCCUAAGUUACUACUUCUUUUUUUUUAAUAAAUU